UCUCAGCCAAUCGGCGUUGGGCUCUCAUGUUCGCUUGCUUUUUUGAAUUCAGUGAGUGAGUUGAACAGAGCCACCUAUCAAAAGAGCGUACACAAUGGGCUUACUAUUCUAUCAAAACGUAUUUUCCUAACUUAAUCGUUAGUUAAUUUUGCACUUUAGACUAACUUUAUGUGUCAUUGCGCGGAGAGCGGUGUUUAUGUGCGCACGCUUUAGUUUUAAUCAAGAGUUCGGCUAACAUUAACCCAGAUUGCUCAGCUGAACUCAGUGUUUCUUCAUUCGUCAAAACCUUUCCAGUACAUAUCUGGACUUGUCCCAUUUUCAUACGCUUGUGAUAUUGUGGACAGGACUGGGUCGCCACCCCUUGUCACAGUGCCAUGGCUGACAGCAGCAUAGUUACUUUAGGGCCGGGCCGCAGCCUGCUGGUAGACUCCUCCGUAUACGACUCCCGGAUGGCCGAGACCUCAAAGGAGCAAUUUUUCAUGGGUCUACACGUAGACGAGUCAGAGGAUGUAUUGCCCAAAGUUGAGACGAGAGUGGUGUUGGUGGGGGAGGCCGGCAACAUUGCAGAACUUGAAAAAGCUCUUCAGGCCAUCACAAUAAUGGAAGUCCCAGUGGUAAAGAUUAAAGAAGGGCAGCCGGGCACAGAGGCGCGUGAGAAAUUGAUAAAAUCUAUAGUCAAUAUGGAUAUAAACACCCCCUAUAUCAAGACUGACAAUGUCAGAGAUUUUGGUGACGGCGAGAACUGCGAGUUCGAGACGGUGUUUGUGUUGAUAGACUUCCAGGCUCCCGAAUACAGCUUCCUGUACAAGAAUGACAACCGUAUCCUGGGGCCUUCUGCCGUGAUGCACUGCGCCAGCAAGGGAGAGCCUCUGCCGUUCUCCUCCAGGCCUCUCUACUCUAUGACCAUGCUCAACUUGUCUCUCUGCUUCACCGGAUUCCGUAAAAAAGAUGAAGUGGUUACCCUGGUAAAUCUCGUCCAUCACAUGGGUGGCACCAUCCGAAAAGACUUUGACAGUACUAAAGUCACACACCUCAUCGCCCGUUCAACACAUGGUGAAAAGUACAGGCUGGCAGUCUGCAUGGGCACACCCAUCCUCACCCCUGAGUGGAUACACAAGGCAUGGGAGCACAGAGAUGACAUUAAUUUCCAUGCAGGCAACGAGGAGUUCCGCACCGAGUUUAAAGUCCCUCCAUUCCAGGAUUGCGUGCUGAGCUUUCUGGGCUUCUCUGAAGAGGAGAGAACCAACAUGGAGGAGAGGACGCAGAAACAUGGUGGACGGUUCCAGGCGGUGGGUGAUGAAAGGUGCACUCACUUGGUAGUUGAGGAGAACUCCAUUAAAGAACUGCCCUUUACUCCCUCCAAAAGACUCUAUGUAGUGAAGCAGGAGUGGUUUUGGGGCAGUAUACAAAUGGACGCCCGUGCUGGGGAAACCAUGUACUCUUACGAAAAGCCUGAGAGUCCUGCGAUGAAGAAGGCCGUGUCUCUGCUGUCUCUCACAACACCCAACAGUGGCCGCAAACGUCGCCGUCUUAGAGAAACUUUGGCUCAGCUCACCAAGGAGACCGAGAUUUCUCCCUUCCCACCACGCAAAAGACCCUCGGCUGAACACUCCCUCUCCAUGGGCUCCCUGCUGGACAUCUCCAACACACCUGACACCUUUAAGUCUAGCGGAGAACGCAAGCACAGGAGGAGCAGUGGUAGGCGGAGGAGUGCCAGACAGAGUAGAUCAGAGAAAGAGAGGCCACUGCAGCGUAUCAGUACUCCUGUGUGCAGAAAGGAAACAGACCAGACAGAGAAUGCCAGACUUCCCAAAAGCUCAACUCCCGCCCUUCCUAAGCAGUCAGCGCGCUGGCAGGUCUCCAAGGAGCUCUACCAAACCGAAAGCAACUACGUUGAUAUCCUGGCCACGGUCCUGCAGCUCUUCAAGUACCCCCUGGACAAAGAGGGCCAGGUGGGCGGCCCCAUUCUAGCUCAGGAAGAGAUCAAGACCAUCUUUGGCAGUAUUCCAGACAUCUAUGAAGUGCACACAAGAAUAAAGGUGGAUCUCGAGGAGUUGGUGAUGAACUGGUCUGAAGAGAGAAGCGUAGGAGACAUUAUCCUGAAAUAUUCUAGAGAGCUGGUGAAGGCCUACCCACCGUUUGUCAACUUCUUUGAGAUGAGCAAAGAGACUAUAGUCAGAUGUGAGAGACAGAAGCCGAGGUUUCAUGCGUUCCUGAAGAUUAAUCAGGCUAAACCUGAGUGUGGUCGUCAGACUCUCGGUGAGCUUUUGAUUCGUCCUGUGCAGAGACUGCCGAGUGUUGCCCUCCUGUUGAAUGAUAUAAAGAAACACACAUCAGAUGACAACCCUGAUAAAGUGACCCUGGAAAAGGCCAUCGAGUCUCUCAAGGAAGUGAUGACCCACAUAAAUGAAGAUAAAAGGAAAACCGAGGGACAGAAGCAGAUUUUUGAUGUUGUUUAUGAGGUGGACGGCUGCCCUGCCAAUCUGUUGUCGUCACACCGGAGUCUGGUUCACAGGGUGGAAACCAUUGCUCUGGGUGACAAACCCUGCGAUCGGGGAGAACAUGUCACACUCUUUCUGUUCAAUGACUGUUUGGAGAUCGCCAGGAAGAGACACAAGGUGAUAACCACGUUCCGGAGUCCACUGGGUCAAACACGGCCGCCCGCCCAGCUCAAACACAUAGCCUUGAUGCCUCUGUCCCAGAUCAGAAGAGUCCUUGACAUCCAAGACACAGAAGAGUGUCAGAACGCCUUUGCCCUGGUGGUACAUCCUCCUACAGAACAGGAGAACCUGUUAUUCAGUUUCCAGCUGACGGCCGAAGACACGCUCAAAUCUGCCUGGCUCAAAACUCUCUGUCGUCAAGUGGCCAACACGAUUUGCCGAGCUGAUGCGGAAGAUCUCAUUCAGAGCACCGAUCCUGACUCCGUCCAAGUGAGCACAAAGGACAUGGACAGCACGCUCAGCCGAGCGUCCAGGGCCAUCAAAAAAACGUCAAAGAAGGUCACGAGAGCAUUUUCUUUCACUAAAACCCCCAAGCGUGUUCUCCAGAGGGCCUUUUUAGCCAAUGGUACCCCGGAUGACAAGAGUCCUGGCCCAGAUGCCGAUCACAUGGGCCGAAUGUCCAGCAGCUCUACACUGGCUGCUGUUCAUUCCCCAUCCAUGCUCAACCUGUCCUCCGCCUUUGAGAGGAAGUAUCAUACCUUCAGCCGAUCCACAACUCACCUGUUCUGAACUUUGCAUCCAGUGUUGCAAUUAAUUUCCACACUAUGGUACCACGUCCGGCCGACGGCUCCAGGCCGAGCCCGCCACCUGGGUAUAAUUUACAGGUCCAGAACCCACCAAAUGAAGGACGGCUUGUUGAUGUCAAUGUCUGGGCACAUUUAAUUAACAUUUAAAGAGACGUUUUCACACAAUUAUUAACCACUGAAAGUAUUUCUUAAUGUUUUACAAGAUAGGCCUUAAUCUAAACUAAUCUAGUUUUCAGCUUUUAUAAAGCUAUGCACAUCUAGCUGUUGCAUUUAAAUGGAAAUGCAAAGAGCUGCCAUAGUAAGGUCUGGUUUAAACAAGCGGCCUUUCGUUUUUGCAUACUUUUAGAAGUGGUUUUUAUUGUUGAUUUAGGGUGUUGGUUUCUACAAGUCAAAAGAGAGUUGUUGCGGUCAGCCUGCCAUAUUUAUUCUCCAGGAUCACUUCUAUAUGUAAAUCUUUCCUUGUCUAUAUUUAUGUGUAAAUAUUGUAUUUUUCCUCUUUGUGAUCGUCAUACUAAUAAUAGUUGGUCUCCGUUGCUUGUACCGUUUUGUAGUCACUGCACUUAUGUCACAAAUGUAUUCAUGUUUCACGUUUGUCUGUAAAAGGGUUUCUUAUAAUGUCUUUGCCUACUGCAGAUUUGUUUGGAGUGGGUGGUUUUAUGUUAUUGGUUUGACUACUUUUGAAGGUGACUUCAUUUAUUCUUGAUCAAUAAAAGAAGCAUAAAGCCUUCGUGUUCUUGUC